AUGCAGCCUCAAAGAUCAAAAUGGCGACUUCCACGGAUCAAGAUCCAACGUCAACAGGUCGCAAAGGGGAAGGUGUUAUUCUCCAAAGUGGCAUCCCGCGGCAAUCAAAUGAUGACAUUGUAUUCAAGGGAAAAGAAACGAAGAAAGGCAAUCCUGAAGCCCCUAAGAAAGAGGUUAAAGAUCGAAAAGAAGUGCCUGGAAAUAGGAAACGGAGAGAUGACAGUGUCAUCAAGAACCCUGUUCUGGUAGAGCGCGCCAACCUCCUCAAUGUGGCUAAGCUCUGCAUCAAAACCCUGAUAGAGUCAGCCAUGGAAGAGGCCAGGAUACUGGACGAUGAGUACGUUCCUCUCCAACAGUUCUUUGUUGUCCUGGAGCAUGUCAUGAACCAUGGGGUCAAAGGAAAGAAGACAUUCCUUGAGAAGAAGCGUUCAUUCUGGGGUGCUGUGGAGUCACUAGAGAAGUCCCUACCGGACUUUGCGGAAAUCAUUGACAGUGUGAGAAACCUUCCUGGCAUCAAAACCAGUAUAGGGAGAGGAAGGGCCUGGCUAAGACUAGCCAUGAUGCAGAAGAAAUUAGCUGAUUAUUUUAAGGCAAUCAUUGAAUCCAAACAUUUGCUAAGUGAAUGGUAUGAGCCAACAGCCUUGGUGAUGGAAGAAGAAUCCAUGGUGAUCGCCGGCCUCCUCGUCGGUCUCAACGCCAUCGAUUGUAACUUCUGUCUCAAGGGGGACGACCUCGACUCCGCACCAUCGGUCAUUGACUUCAGCAUGUACUUCAAAGAUGGCAACUACCUUGAUAAACCCAUGGAGGCUUCGUCAUCGGGAACACCAACGGUGUCCCCCGAAGUCAACCUAGCGGCAUUACUGGAUCAGAAGAACUACCUUGAGGAACAUAACCGUCACCUGACUUCACAGAUCACUGGUCUCCACACCCGCAUCAAGGCCUUAGAGGAAGCUAAUGCUAGCAUGAAAGGAGAGCAUGCAAUGGCCAACAAUAACAUCCUAAGUAUCCAGGCAGAGAAUGAUUUACUGAGGGCAGAGAACAAUACCUUGAAACAACAUACAGACAGAAAACUAGAGAUGGUGAAAGCAGAUAUCGAGACAGAAAGAGAAACAUAUAAUACAUCCAGACAAGGUCUCAAUGAGAUGUACAGUGAAGCCAAACAGAGGUUACAGCAAGAAACACAAAUGAGACUGGAUGUGGAGCAGGAGCUUCAGCUUCAGAUCAGCCUUAAGAUGGAGAUGGAGAUGGCGAUGCGGCUGCUAGAGAAAGACAUCCAUGAGAAACAGGACACCAUCAUAUCGCUACGGAAACAGCUGGAAGAUAUCAAGUCCAUGAAUAUUGACCUGUACAAGAAGAUUCAGGGGACUGAAGAGACAAUGAAACACAAGUCUGUACUUGUGGGCAAACUGGAAGAAAAGACCAAUCAGAUGGUCGACACCAUUAAACAGCUAGAAGAAAGACUACGAAGCGUGGAGCGAGAAAAACAAGCUUGCGCGGAAACGGCCAGAAAGCUUGGGAUGCAGAUUGCGGAGAGGGACAUUAAGUGUUCCAACAUGGCGGCAGAUCUGAAGGUGGAAGGAGAGUGGAGGGCCACCCUUCAGAAGGAGAUAGCACAGGAGAAGGAGCUCAUCUCCCAGCUCCAGGCGGAGGUGGCCGAUGUGAGAUCCCUCAGGGAGCAGCUUGCAACGCUGCUGGGGAAACACGAGGAGCUCGGCAAGACGUGUCAUGAGCAGGAGCUAGCGCUGACUGAAAUGGGGUCGAAACUGAGCGACUCACAGCUCAAGAUGGAUUCUAUGAAGGAGUUAGUACAGUCAGCCGAAGGAAGGGUCUGGGCCGAUGAUAGAGAUGCCAAGAACUGUCUGACCUGUGAUAAACCCUUCUCAGUGGCCAGGAGGAAGCACCAUUGCAGGAACUGUGGUGGUAUCUACUGCGGCCCUUGCUCAGACAACCUCAUGCCCCUCCCUUCGUCUGCCAAGCCGGUGCGUGUCUGUGACCACUGCAACACGGAGCUCCUUCAGCGUUACUCCGCGACCUCUAGAUGAACCUGGGACGCUGCCCUCUGUCAAGUCUUGCCUGCCGUCUGUAUGUCUUGAGUUUGCUCGCUCUGCAAUUCCCGACCACUGAUCUCUGUGUAUGAACGCUGGAUGUGCCGUCAUGUUUUACCGCAUGAAGCCAUUUUGGGAAGCAUCAGCAGUUUUUUUUGGUGCAUGGCUAUCCCCACCACUGAUCUGUAUACUCACUGGAUGUGCUGUCACAUCGUGCUGCAUGAAGCCAAAUGGGUGCCAUGUUGGGAAGCAUCAGAAUCCAUUGAAACACAAGGGGUCACACGGAUUCAUUAACUCUGUAUAUACAUACAUAUGUAUUUAGAAAGCAUUAUGUUUGAGAGUCCCAAUAUGGCCGCCGCAAGCUUCAUGUUGCGUCAAUGUUACACAGCACUUUAUCCAGUUAGUAUCCAGUAGCCUGUUGGUCUAGCUUCCUCAGCAUUGAUAGUGAAAACGUGGCUUUAAUCUUCCUGUUUGCAGCUCGGUGAAAGAUUCCCAUGUGAGUUGCGACCGUGCUACAUUGUGUCAGAGUGAUUGAUAUGAAGAUGACUCACAUGGAAACCAGUAUAAUGGACCGUGGUAAGUUUGUAAAACACUGUAGUUGCAUUGCGCCAUUAACAUAAGUACAGUAUAUGCAUUAUCGAGUUGCAAUGCCUUUUACAGACUGAUACUUUUUAUCUUUUGAUUACAUUUACAGAUAUGUUGUUUAUUUCAGAUCAAAUUAUGAAUCAAAACUCUUCAUGGAGGUAACUAAAUGUAUAUCACAUGGUUUGAUGCUUUUUGGACAUAAAGAGAUGGACUCACUUUUUUAAAUAGAAUUUCUUUCUCAUCACUUUUUGUGCACUUGCACAUGUACCUGUGUACUAGCCAUCUAUCUGAAAUGUUUGCACUAUACCAAACAAUCUAUAAAAGUCUAUGAUAAAGCCAUAAAGUAGUCAGUGUCCAUUUGUAUUCCAUUAUAAUUUGCUGACAUUAGAUUUGGUUGAAUUACCAAUUAAUGUGUCUGCUGUGCAAACGUCUUUGAAGCAGCGAACCCGUGGUCCCACCAGAAAUACCCUAACUUGCCUAUGUCUUGGGGGUGAGGGAAAUAUGAUAUAUAUAUAUAUGAUGAUAAUUCCAUGAGGUUGUAGGCUAGGGCAUGGUGCAUUACACAAGACCUGUCUGUCGUAAAAGUGAAGUCCACUCUUGGUGACUGCCAACACCUGUUAUUGGGUAAACACCAGAAUGGUGUCAACUUCACCCUCAAAAACCCAUAACUAUGUGUCUUUAAAUUUGGCAUCGCACCUUUUAUACAUGUACAUGUCAUCAUUUUCCCCUGAAGUAUGAAGGGGAAUAGAACAGACAUCCAAUUAAUGUUUUGACUAUUAAAACCUUUGGCAAAACAUUAACCCACAUUUGCCUCUCUCCGCCCGGGUGCACAUGGGUGUGGGAUAAGCUUGAUCGCUACACCAGAACCUUCACACUGGGACAUACAUGUGUCUGUAUAAAGAAUGCCACGAUUGUUAUUUUAAUAAAAGAAAGAAAUGAAUGGCGUCACUAGAUUUUUUUUUUUGAGGAGCUUUUGUAGGAAUUUUUUCUAACGGUGCCCCUUGUUCUCAUUUAAUUAUUACGAGAAUCCUAAAUUACCUUCAAAUGACGUCAAAGCAGUGUACCAUGAAACAUAAGUGAGGCUAAUUAUCCAACCCUUUGAUGUUAAUCCCUUGGAAUUUAUUGAAGUUUUGAACAAAGAAAGUAAAUGACUUGGCUCUCAAACAAAAUUCUUGCAAUCAAUUUUAGACAGGUGACUAUGUAGAUCUAAAGAAAGCAUCUACACCCAUUCCCCACCUUCAUCAUCAUCAGCAGCACAACCAUGUUCAAUAUCUAUAGUUGUAGAAUUUUUUUCAUUUGGACAGAGACUCGUAGUCGUUUACACCAGAAGAAAUUUGUACAAAACUCUUAUUGAAAAAUACUGUAUAAAGAAUCAGUGUAUUGUGAAAGGGACAUUCAUACAACCUGUAUAAUUAUGCACGUGAAAAAAAGAAUUGUGUGAACAAGAGACUUCUUGCGAUGAGAUUAGCUUUAAAGAGGUCAGUUCACACACAUGUUAGUUUAGAUUGAGCUUAGAUGGCAGCCUGCCAAUCAUCAUUGCGCACUCACUGUAUAGGAAAUACAAAGUUAUGGUAAUAUUUCAACAAGAUUGGAUUACUAUAUUUUAAAUUUGCAUUACCAUUGUGAAACCUUGUGUUAGAAUAAGCAACCUUGAAAAAAAUGGGCUUUAAAAAGCUAAGGAUUUCGAGAAAUUAAAAUAACAAAUUCAUCGGUGCUCCCGGUAAAUUUCAUAUAGCUCCUACGGCCCAUACAAAGGUGGCUGCGACCAUGAAAAUCUUGGAAUGUGCAGUUCUGAUAUAUAAUUUCCAAACAAGGAAUAGAAAAUCGGUCAAGUUUAGUUAAGAAACACUGUUUUGAAGCUAAAGUAGUAUCAAUCUUGAGAGGAAGCUAUACAGCAUAAAGAUUUAAUUAUUCGCAAUUCCAUUACUUUAGACUCAAUUUUAACUGCGACAAUGAUCAUUGAAUAUGGUAGGAUCGCAUAUGCUUCCAGGUUGUUCAUUCAUAAAGCCUAAUUCAUAACCCCAUACCAAAACUUUGUAUUACCUUUAAGGCCCAUAAAAACAGGUUAUAUGGUUUUAUUUACGAUAAAACAAUUACACAUGAAGAAGACCCUGAUUCUGUGUAGAGUUUUUGUUUGAAAUAAUGCUCAAACCUCCAUGUCACCAUUCAACAUGUUGCUAUAGGAUGUGCAGUUAAGGACAAAUCAUUAUACUUAUCUAUACCAUGGUUUCUGCUCGUCUGAACUGGGGGGUGAUAUUGAUAGCUUGGAAUCGUCAGCAUUCCUGUAAUUAAGUCAAGCUUUACAAUCAAUGAGGCAUAGGUCAUUAGAAAUGGUUGACACAAUCCAUUAGUAAUGUUAAUGCAGAUGCCAUUGUAGCUGGGAUCAGUGGGAUAAGAUGGCAAAGGUUUCCAUUUAGUUGUCGAUACAUGAAGGCCUGCUGGAUUAUGUAAAGGUGUGUGUGGCUUAAUGUUCAUUAAUGAUAGGAUGUUACAUGGAAAGAAGAAACCUUGUCAAUAACACGGACUAUAUCAUCAGUGGAGCAUGGUACCCUUGUCUGUCUCGUUCUGUCCCUGUCUCUGUCUCCCUCUCUAUAUACAAUUGUAUCUUUCCAUCUCUAUCUCUCUUUCUCCCUUUCUCUCUCUCCCCCGUCUCUCUCUCUCUCUCU